GGGGGUCAUCUUGAGGGUUGGAUGAGGUUGUGGUUAUGGUGGUGGGAUGGGUUUAUGGUGUUGAGGUUGUGUUUAUGGUGGUGAGAUGGCUUUAUGGUGGUGAGGAUGCCAAGAGAUAUCUUUGGCGGUGGUGGGUGGGGGGAGGGGGUAAGAUUGGAGGGGUGAUGUAUAACCCUAACCCUUUGAUGACAGGCUGGCUAUCACUGUCAACACCCACCACUUUGACACUUUCUUUCAUCAUCAACUUCAACAUCGACAUCAUUUUGCUGUGACAUGACACGGUAAGAGCAUCAACCAUGUUCACGACCAGUUCAAGUCGGCAUAUCAAGAAAUUGACUGCUCCCGACAGCACAAGCGACCUGUUUUCCGACCAACCCUCCAUCUUUUCCUCCCGGGCGCUUAAGCACAAAAUGCCAGACCAAUCACAUCGCCAAAUACAAUUACAAGCAAGGGAAGCAAAAUGUGCCGCGCGGGAGGGCGCUUCGCCCUCGGGGACGCUUUCCCCAGAUUGGAUCCCCUGUGCCGAUUCCCAUCUGGAGAUGAUCGUCCCUGCUGUUUUUUUACCGCUGUUCAAACCUGCAAUCUGCAUGCAGAGAGCCAAACGAGCCAAUCCCGAGAGGGGGAAGGGGUCCUAUUUCUGGCGUGGGAGAAGAUGGAGGGGAACUUCUUGGGAGAUGGGACAUCAAACUACUAGACGCAUGGUGUAGUGGAAGGGUAACAGUCGCGCAUCCAAAUCUUGGGUGCUGCUGUGAUGUGAAUUUCGAGGGAAGCAAGAGCUAACCGCCCGGAUCCAUGCCGAAGAUGUAAGUGAGGAAAUGGUAUUAGUAUGCCCCGUCAUCUCCUCACUUUUGUUGCGUUCGAUAGACUUGUGCUCUCACCAUUCCACGGCAUACACACCAUCUUCCCUUGUUCAUCUUCGGGUUCUCUUUUGUUUGGAGCGCUUUCUCGAGUUACACGGCUUCUCCUUUUUCCUAAUUUGAUACCCAGAGCAGUGCUCUAUCAACAACAACAAACAACAACAAGUAUAUAAACCACCUUCAACCACACAAUGGAGAAAACAGCCACAGCCUCCGCCCACUCAGCGGCCCCCUCGUUCCAAACCCACGUCGAACCCGACCUCCACCUCCAAUCCAAAAUGAAGUCCCUCGGCACAAUCAACACCCUCCGACUAGGCGCCACCGCCCUCGCCCUAGGAAUGAGCCUCACCGUCCUGGGAACGGCGGGCAACACCCUCCGCGUCUACGAGGAAACCCACGUCCUGAUGCCUCACUACCUCCCCCUCUGGCCAGAGCAUUUCAACAUCCGACCUACCAUCUCCCUCGUCGUUGGCAGCGUGUUUGUCAUCCUCGCCAGUAUUGCCUCUCUGGCCUGCUCCAAGAUCACCACUUUGAGGAAUAAAACAAUCCUCCACACCUCCACCACCCUCGCCGCACCAGUCGUGGGGUUGAUUGCGGCGCUGAUCUCGGUUGUCUUCUUCUACGCGGCGAAUUCGUCGGACACAGUGGACACGUUUACUUCUUGGACUUGCAGGUGGAGGGAUGUGCCCAUGGGGCAGCAGCCGCAUUGGGGGACGUUGUGCGGGCAGAGCUAUGCGGGGUUGUAUCUGGCUAUUUUGCUGAUUCCGGUUGAGGUGGUGGGGUUGGGGUUAGGGGUUUGGGAGAAGAGGGUGGGCGGUUAUGUGGAGGGGUAUCAGGGGGCUAGGAAGAGUCCUGCUUUGUCUUAAGGGAAGUGGAAGAUGAUGUCGAACAAGGGGGAGUUGAGGGGUUGAUGGUGGUGUGGUGGGCUAAAUUGUGCAUAAUUCUGUCUUUUCUUCUUGGUUUAGGGAAUACGGUAUUGGUUUUUGGGGGUUACGGCUACUUGGAUAAUGGGAAACAUCUGUUAAGCAAUUGCUGCUGUUUUGCUGUUCGGGAUCUGUUUGCUAGGUUUGUGGUCAAGGAAAGAUUGGAAACAGGUUGCAUUUCAGCCGGCGGGCUGUUGCAGAAAGUCGGGGACUGUUCCGGAGGGACAUUGUGCACUUGAUAGGCAAUCUUGACUGUUAUCAAGCGUUGUCGUAGUUGGAGAAUCUUCAUCGUUAUAUCCUCC